AUGGGAAUCAGGGGAUUAUGGAACUUGCGUGUGGACGGCUGCUGGUACCGCCUCCGGCAUCCACGGAUUCGAGUGAGCCCACCAGAAGCAGCUGAGACUGUGCGCAGAGUCAAGCAGAUAUAUAACAAGACCAUCAACCUUGAACAGUGGGAUCAAGUCCCUUUUCCAAGCCCGCUAGAUUCCUACUUCGAUUUUGUCUACACGAUCGAUCAGGAUGCGGGCACCUUCACUCUUUCGAAGCGGUCGGCUGUUGAUGGCGUACUGACGCCCCAAGCAUUUGAGGCCAGCCUGGCCGAGAUAUGUGAAACCUCCAGCAUUUUCGUAGAGUCUUUACGACAAACGUGUCUUCCCCCAUUCCUGUUUCUGAAAAAGAUUACGACUCGCAAUUUGACUCAGUAA